AUGGGGUUUGUAGAGGAAAAUGACAUCGAGGAGAUAUUGGCGGACGAUGAGUUCCCCACGGACAGCGAUGAAAUGAGCGUCGACUCCGACGAGCAGCCAAGCGAAGACGAGGCUAUCAUAACCCUCCAACCCAAAAUCCCCUUCUCACAAAGGGCUAAUGCUCUUAUCCAGCCGGGAGACAAGCAGUUUCAAAAGAUCGAGAAUUACUUCUUCUCGCUUCUAAGCAACCCGGAGAUGUCAGUCGAUGGCAUUCUUGAGGGCACAUUCGAUGACCACGAGAUCAUGCUCAUUACGCCCCAGUCGGAACCCCUGGAUGUCGUUCGGUUCCAGCUGAGGAACGCCCAGCGCUAUUAUGAGAAUCUCGAGACGCGAUUCAAAGGGCACACUGAGACUCUGGCUUUCAAGAUGACUUGCCUUUACUUUGGAUUGCCGGUUGCGCCGAUGCGUUCAGGAACGUCGUUGUUUUCUAUGUCGCCUGAUCCGAGCACGCUCGAGACGAGCGCUGCGUCAAAGCCCAAUCCACUCCAGUUUCUAGAGAAGCACGACAAUGAGGAUGAAUCUAUCCACGGCGCGAAUACUCUCAGUCUACGUGGCGGAACUGGCGAUUACGAAGGCGACGAUGGAAUGAGAGGUCUUUUCACCCCAAUAGACACCCCGAAAGAAUUUGCUUUUGAAUUCGGUAAAGGGAUCAAGGUAGAGGAGGAUCUCAACUAUGUUUUCAGAAACUCCGUAAACACAUCAAAGGAAGCGAAAAGGGCGCGCGAGCUACGUAAUCGCUCUUUCACACAAGUCAGCACGAUAUUCACCAACCCCUUGAAGCCGGUGAUGCCGCUCGACGGACCGCCCUUGGAGUCAGUUAUCAAAACGGGGCCGAGCAUGCCUGGCGUGACGAUUGCCAUGUUGACGCCAACGGAGGUGCUUCGUCUGCAACAGGAGGUCCACUCUCUGCGGUUCCAGCUCCUUGACAGAACCCGAGAGUGUCCCUAUGCAGACUGCGAGCGAUAUUUCACAUUCUCUGAUGGCGCCGGCCUCGACCAGCACAUAAGAGAGGAUCACGCUGUUCUACGCUGUUUCCUCUGUGGCAAGAAUUCAAACCUCUUACCUUACUACGACACAAACAGGAUCAAGGAGCACUUUGUCACAGAGCAUCUCAAAGACAUCUUGAGGGUUUAUACCCCGGAAAGACUUACCAGGAUCCCAUCAGAAGAGACUGAGUACGAAAGUGUUGAAAUCUCCGAGGAAGAUGAUUCACCCCCAGGACCGUUCUUCCGCUACCAUCCAGACGACGAGAGGCUCUGGAACCCCAAGACCAGGCCCGCUUGGGAAAGGGUCGUGAAUCUGAUCAAAGCUGGCAAGGACCCGUGGGACAAGAGAGAGGGAAUCCGAUCGGAAAAUACCAAGAAAAAAGAAGAAGAGGUGCAGGCAGCCAAGCGGAUGACCCCGCCUGUUCAAACUGUUCCUGCGGUUAAGGACAAAAGCAAAGAUUCCGGGGUGUCCUUUUCAGUCGUCGAGCCCCUAUUGAGCCCUGCCUAUUCAGACGUCGGCAAGACACCUUCCAACCUCGUGCCUAAGGCAACCACUCCCACUCGCAGUGUAAAGACACCAAAAACCGCAGCACUAAGGACCCCAGAGACGACACCACCCAAGACCCCCAAAACCCCCAAAGCUGCAGUGCCCAAAACACCACUGAGCGCAGUGCGGAAGGCACCUCCGCCACCGGCCGAGCCAGAGUCAAUGUCGUUCGAAGCACCCGUAAGAGCAGGGCACGAGCGCAAGACAGCGAAGCCCACCAUAACCAAGAGCAAGACCGAAGACGGGCGGGCCGAGAUCUUCACGCUCGUGAACCCGUCGCCCUCGACGUUCGAGAAGAACGGGGCCUGGAUCAAGGGGGUGCUAGAGCGGUACGUGGCGGCGGACGGGGCGACGCUGUACGGCGUGGACAACGACUCGGACACGGACUCGCCGCCGGGGAAAAAGGGGUACAAGAUCUUCACGGCGAUAAACACGGCGCCGGGCACGUUCGAGGAGAACGCCAAGUUCAUCCGGGAGCAGCUGCAGCAGUAUGUCGCCGAGGGGGGCGAGCUCCCCAGCAUCAAGGACGACUGGGCCAGCAAACAAGGCGAUCGAAAAAGCACUAACAAUGACAGUCCUUCGAAGAAGGGGAAGCGCAAGAGAAGAGCCGCGACGGGAUACUCGCAGCUCACGGGCUCGGACAUAGAUGAAUACGAGUACUCCGAGAAGAGCGCCGUAUCAGACGGACCCGAGAACCUCUCGGACGUAGCGCCGCCUCCGGCGAAGAGGGUUAACACGGCGGCUGCGAAUGCGAUGUCGACGUACGUCCCUGUGCCUGCGCCCGAGGGGAUCGAGGACUGGAGUUUGAGUUCGCCUUCGUCGAACGAGGAAGAGGAGGAGGGAUGGGUAAUGGGGUGGUGA